AUGGAGGGUGCGUUUGCUGUAAACUGGAGCGCCGAGGCGGUCAACGGGAGCGCGGCGCCGCCCGGAACCGAGGGCAACCGCACCGCCGGGCCGCCACAGCGCAACGAGGCCCUGGCGCGGGUGGAAGUGGCCGUGCUGUGCCUCAUUCUGUUCCUGGCGCUGAGCGGCAACGCGUGCGUGCUGCUGGCGCUGCGUACCACGCGCCACAAGCACUCGCGCCUCUUCUUCUUCAUGAAGCACCUGAGCAUAGCCGACCUGGUGGUGGCGGUGUUCCAGGUGCUGCCGCAGCUUCUGUGGGACAUCACGUUCCGCUUCUACGGGCCUGAUCUGCUGUGCCGCCUCGUCAAGUACCUGCAGGUGGUGGGCAUGUUCGCGUCCACCUACCUGCUGUUGCUCAUGUCGCUUGACCGCUGCCUGGCCAUCUGCCAGCCGCUGCGCUCGCUGCGCCGCCGCACCGACCGCUUGGCGGUACUCGCCACAUGGCUCGGCUGCCUGGUGGCCAGCACGCCGCAGGUGCACAUCUUCUCGCUGCGCGAGGUGGCGGACGGCGUCUUCGACUGCUGGGCCGUUUUCAUCCAGCCCUGGGGGCCCAAGGCCUACAUCACGUGGAUCACGCUCGCCGUCUACGUUGUGCCGGUCAUCGUGCUUGCCGCCUGCUACGGCCUCAUCAGCUUCAAGAUCUGGCAGAACUUACGGCUCAAGACGGCGGCGGCGGCGGCCGAGACUGCCGCUGGGGCUGAGGGCGCGGCAGCAGACUGCGGGGGGCGCGCGGCUCUGGCCCGCGUCAGCAACGUCAAGCUCAUCUCUAAGGCCAAGAUCCGCACGGUCAAGAUGACCUUCAUCAUCGUGCUGGCCUUCAUCGUGUGCUGGACGCCGUUCUUUUUCGUGCAGAUGUGGAGUGUGUGGGAUGCCGAUGCGCCCAAGGAAGCCUCAGCUUUCAUCAUUGCCAUGCUCCUGGCCAGCCUCAACAGCUGCUGCAACCCCUGGAUCUACAUGCUCUUCACAGGCCACCUCUUCCAAGAACUUGUGCAGCGCUUCCUCUGCUGCUCAUUCCGCUGCCUGAAAGGCAGCCGGCCUGGGGAGACGAGCAUCAGCAAAAAGAGCAACUCGACCACCUUUGUUCUGAGCCAGCACAGCUCCAGCCAGAGGAGAUGCUCACAGCCAUCCACGGUGUGA